GAGAAGAGGGUACAAUUAUAAUUUAUAAUUGGAGCGAAGCGGAAAACCCUAGCCAGCAGUGCUCUUUUGUUAAGCUUUAAACCCCCAAAGUUGCAGAACAGAACCAACGUCCUUGCUCACGCAACGCAACUUCAAAACUCAGACAUGGUUUGGUUUCAAUGCGAAGAUUGUGGAGACAACCUCAAAAAACCCAAGUUGUCUAGCCACUUCCGAACUUGCUCCGCCUACAAAUUGUCGUGCAUUGACUGUGGUGAAAUAUUUGGGCGCGACACCGUUCAGGAUCACAUGCAGUGUAUCACAGAAGCGGAAAAAUAUGGUCCAAAAGGCCAAGGCAAAUCUUUGAAUGUUGCAACAGCCAAGCCAAAUAAGGAUAGCAAGGAAAGGCCUGAAGUUGAUAUUAAUGUGGGGUUAUCUGAGCGGCCUCCUUGGUUCUGUAGUCUAUGCAAUACUAAAACUACAAGUAAGCAAACACUUCUUCUCCAUGCUGAUGGAAAGAAACACAGGGCAAAGGCCCGAGCAUUCCAUGCUUCAAAGCAACAACCUGUUGAGGCAGACAAAUCUUCCCCUGAUGCUAAGGUUGUUGCGGAGACUGCUCCUAAUGAUGAGGCAAGAGACAACAAAAAUGUUGAGCUUCCAAAAUUGCCAGAGUCUGCUAAACAAGAUAACUUGAAACCAGGGAAUGAAAUUUCUUCAGCAAAGAAAAAGAGGAAACUUGAUGAAUUGGAGGAUGACCUUGUUAAAAAGAGCAGGAAUGACACUUCAGUUGACAUGGGAAAUGGAGAAGUAAUUCAGGGUGAAGAAAUAAAAGGAGAGAGCAAUUUGAAGAGAAAAGGGAUGUUGGAAUCUCACUGUACAAGUGCUGUAAAAAAUAAGAUAAAAUGGAAGAAGUUUAUCAAAUCAGCCUUGAAAUCUCAUCCUGAUGGAAUUUUGAAGAUGAAGAAACUGAGAAAAGCUGUUUUCAAAGAACUGCAGGAGUCUGGCAUUGUAAUGGAUGAAGCUGAAAUGAGUGAGGCGCUUGAGCAGAAGAUCAAUUCCAGCUCCAGAUUUGCAGUUGAGAACAAGUACGUGCGAUUGCUGGCCAAAGAUUGAACUCUAGUUAGCAUUCUUAUGGCUAGGAGUCCAUGCAAUUUUGAUUUUUAUUGAUUAUCUUGCUGCUUGCUGGACGUUCAUUUAUAAAAAAAAAAAUCCCCAUAUAGAGAAAUUUUGUGAACGGAUGCUUUAUUAAUUGUUGCUUUGUGCAAAUAUUCUAUUAUUAUCAUGUAGGAAAACCAAAGAAAAUAUUGAGGCAGAGAGAUCGAUUGAUUAUUAUGUUGAAUUACAAUCAAGUAGUUGAGAUUA